AUGGGACUGGAUUACAGCUAUACCCAGCCUUCUGAAUCGGAGGAGUAUGGUGAAAACUCAGCAGACAGUGGCUACAGCCAAACAGAAGAUGAUAUACUACUGGACCAAGCUGAGAUUGAUGCCGCGCGACGUCAGUACCCUCCGCAGCCUGAGGUUGAGUUUGGAUUCCCGAAGACAUGCUACUGUGGUGGCGACCCUCUUGUAGCAACCUCUUACACCAGAAAUGAUCCAGGCCGAAGGUAUUACACGUGUGAGAAUGUUGACGACGGAGAGUGCCAUGUUUGGAAGUGGUGGGAUGUGGCGGUUAUGGAGGAGAUGAGAGCCAUGGAUAGACAGUAUGGGAAGCUGUCUGAAAAGGUAGAUUAUCUUAACUUUAUGAGUGAUUAUGAGACACACCUUAGGCAGGUUAAGGAUCUCCAUAAUGACAAUAAGCAGAAACUGAUUAGGCUUGAGAAGAUAGUAUGUGACUUAGCUAAGAAGAAAUCAAGGGUUAGGAAUGGCUUAGAAUUCGUUGUUGGUGUAAUGGGUUUCGUUGUAGUUGUUGCUGGAAUGGUCCUCAUGUUUAAGUAA